AUGUCCGCCCACCCAUCUCCCUCUGUCGUGGUUCCUAGCCUCAGCAUGUCCCCAGAACUCACCGGGGCCGACUUCAAACAUGUACUAAGCCCCGGGCUGACCGCUGUAGCAGCAUUGCUGCUCGCUAGCCUCUAUCUGCUCCCAUUCUUCACCAAGAUCGACCCAUUCGGACGUCGACCACGCGACAAGGACGGGAAUGCUAUCCCCGAUGGCCCAAUGGGCCUCCCACUCCUCGCACUUCUUCUUGGAUGCUCACGUCACAUCUGA